AGUUUUUAGUCUCAGACUAAAGAUUUUACAAACACUGAAUCUUGUAGUGACACUAUUUACAAGACUACAACAAGAUUAUUUUAGCUUUUUAUUCCCACCAAAUUCCUCCCAUCAUGCUCAGCAGUGAUUUAACAAAAAUGGAGGAGAAGCAGCUACAGUUAGCUACCGUGGCUUUUGCCAUUGCAGUCAUUUGCAGUGAAAGAAAAAAGAAGAGAAAGCGUCAGAGGAUAUGGGCACGGCCUUGGCUGCAUGGAAGGGGACAGCAAGGUCUGUCUGUCCUUCAAAGGGAACUGGAGGUGAGUUAUGUCAAUACUGCUAUAGCCUACUAUUGCAAUCAUGUACUGCUAACUAUGCUAAUGCUUUGCAGAAUACCUUGUGCUAGCUUGACCACCGGGUAAAACCACCCUUUUUAACCAGAUAAAAGACAGAAGUGGAUUCAGAGAGUUACUCCGGAUGACCUCUGAGGACCACGGAUAUAUAUUACAAAAAGUGGAGCCAGUCAUCUGGAAAGCAAACACAAAGUUUCGAAUGGCCAUCAGUGCAAAAGAUCGACUCUCAGUGACACUGAGAUUUUUGGCCACAGGUGAGACCUUUAAAUCCCUGGGAUUCCAAUACCGCAUGGGGAGCACAACGGUUUCACAGAUCGUCAUCUCAACGUGUGAGGCUCUGUAUGAAGUUAUGAAGGAGGAUUACCUCAAGACACCAACAUCAGAGGCUGCCUGGAGAGCUGUCGCCGCAGACUUCAAGGACAAGUGGCAGUACCCAAAUUGCCUGGGUGCGCUUGACGGAAAACAUAUCUCCAUUCAGCCCCCCGGUCACUCAGGCAGCACAUUCCGGAACUAUAAAGGCCACUUUUCUGUUGUUUUAAUGGCAGUAGUAGAUGCCAAUUACAAAUUUGUUUAUGUAAAUGUAGGAGCCCAGGGCAGACUGUCAGAUGGUGGUUUAUUUGCCCACAGUGACAUCCACAGAGCAAUGAAAACAGGCUGCCUGAAUUUACCCCCACCAGAACCCCUGCCUAACACCACCACCGUCAUGCCAUAUAUGUUUGUUGCAGACGAUGCAUUCCCCCUUCGCACAGACCUGCAGAAGCCAUUUCCCCACCGACAGCUAGACCAUGACCAAAGAAUCUACAAUUACAGGUUGUCGAGAGCAAGACGGGUCGUGGAGAAUGCCUUUGGCAUUCUUGCCAACAGGUUUCGGGUCUUCAGAACAACCAUCUGUCUACAUCCUGACAAGGUUGUGAAAAUAACACUAGCCUCGUGUUUGAUCCACAAUUUCUUGCGAGAACGCAGAUCAGAGUAUGUGCCACCAACCUUGACAGACCAGGAGACUGAUGACCACGAAUGGAUCCCUGGAUCCUGGAGACAAGAAGGCCAGGGAGCAUUCCAUGAUCUGCCAACCAGCCACGCACGCAAUCCUACACAAAGGGCUAAAGACCUGAGGGACCUGAUGAAGAAGUACUUCAACUCACCAGAGGGCCAAGUACCAUGGCAGGGGCACCACAUUUAAUGUGUGCAC